UCGAGUCGGAGCUUUUAGGCUCUCCGUUGAGCGUCUCCCUCACGCGGCUGCUAUCUUGUUUCUCUUGGCGUCGCGGCUUCGAUUAGGGCAAGGGAUCCUUCGGCUGCCUCGCGUUCUCGGCGUCGCCAGCUUCACACGACAAGACUUGAAAUCAGAAAAAAAAAUCGGCUUGGCUUCACUUUUGUUAUUCGCAACAUUGCGUAAAAAAUCCAUUCGGAAUAUUUCUGUAGAAUCUGUAAUGGUUCGGCCAAUUAAGAGGGAGCGUAGCAGCACAGAGACUACUGAGGUUGAGAAAGAUGCGAAGUUGCAGGUUAAGACCGAGCAGGGAGCAUUGGAGAGAAGAGCUCUGCGGUCACGGUACCUUGCUGUUAAGAAUCUCAUUAGCAAUGAGAGGGAUGAUAUAACUCGUCAAGAUUCUAAGCGGUUCAAAUCCAUUAUAACCGAGGUUGAAGCCUUGCAUGAAAAUGUGAAAAAGCCUAGGGAACAAGUGGCUGAUGCAGAGACUUUACUGGACAUAGCAAGCACACUGGCAAUAUCAGUUAGAUCUCAGAACAAUGAGGGAGUGACACCAUCAGAUUUAGUUACUGCAAUACUAAAGAAAUUUGGUUGUCAAGAACAUAGAGCGCAGGUUGAUAAUUCUCAAAACAUGGUUUCUUGGGAAGAUAUUGGUCUUUCUUUAUCGCAUAUUUUCACACCAGUUCCUGGAUGCUGCACAAUGAUUGGACCUAUGAGUAAUGAAAUUAAGCAACGGAAGCCUACAGUUUGUCGAAAACGAACUAAGCCAACUGAGAGAACUCGCCCUGAAGAGAUUGAUUCUAAAGAGCAAGGAACAAAAACUGACACUGAUAGUAAUAUGGCAACAAUGUUUGACAUUUUGAAAAAGAAAAGAAGGGUUCGUCUUGAAAAUUUACUGUUCAAUAGGUUUUCCUUUGCGCAAACUGUGGAGAACCUUUUUGCAUUGUCCUUUCUGGUUAAGGAUGGGAGAGCUGAAAUCACAGUGGAUGACUCUGGAUUUCAUCUUGUUUCUCCAAAAAAUGCCCCCACCGCAUCUGCGGUGGCCUCUGGAGUGGUCUCCUACCAUCAUUUUGUUUUCAGAUUUGAUUACAAGGACUGGAAGGCCAUGAUGAAUGUUGUGAGACCUGGGGAAGAACUAAUGCCCCAUAGGAACCCUUCGAACGAGUUCUCUCAACCUGAUACAUCUUUUACGGAUAACAAAGCCAAUACUGCAACUUGCUCUACACAACCCGACGCACAUACGACACCAAUCAGAAAGCUGACUCGAAAUCGAGGCCUUAUCAUACAAGAAGACUCGAUUGUAGAGGACUCAUUGGAGAAAGAACCUCUUUGCAAAAAGACCAGCCCUUCUCUCAAAGGAAAACGCCUCAUCGAUUUCUGAUUCUGACGUAGGUGCUUAAACCAUCAGCUGAUGAUAUUUUAGCAUAUAGAAUUUUGUCUUUGUUUGGUAGUUUGUCGACUUCUAACUAUGGAGCUAUGCAUGAGGUAUUGAGCCAUUGGCAGGGAAGUUGUAGGAGAUGUAUUCACAAUGCUAAUUUAAAUGUUCAUUUUUUAUUGAAAGAAUACA